AUGACUUCAAAUUCAAGGAUUUUACCACUUGAACCAAUUGAUCUCUCUAACAAGCAUUUUACUUUUGAUGACAUUCCUGAUUUGACUGGAAAAGUUGCAGUCGUUACGGGAGGAAACGCUGGGAUAGGAUAUAUUACGUGCAGAGAAUUGGCCAGACAAAACGCACAUGUGUUUAUAUUAGGUCGUAGUAUCGAGAGAGGUCAGGCAGCUGUUGAAAAAAUCAAAUCUGAGACUGGUAAUCAAAAUGUUGAAUUUUUGCAGUUGGAUUUAAACAGUUUAAAAUCUGUCAAAGAAUGCGCUGAAAAUUUUUUGGUUAGAGACUUACCAUUGCACAUUUUUACAUUUGCGCUUACCGAGGAUGGGAUUCAAGAAGAAUCUGGACUUUUCACCAAAUUAUUAUUGCCAAAAAUUAAAGCUUCACAACCAGCACGUAUAGUAAAUGUUAGUAGUAGUGCUUAUAAAAGAGUUACUGGAAUUGAUUUCGAGAAAUUAAAUGAUCCCAAUGCACUGGAUGAACUGAUUCGAGUCGUAGAUACAAGCAUGCUAAAAAGGGACGACCUAUCUGUGCCAGAAAGUUUCUUUCCUUCAGCUGAGGAUGGUGCUCUUAGUGAACAAACUUCAUAUGCACAAGAUGAUGAUUUGGUUAAAAGUCUUUGGGAAUUUACGGAGAAUUUGAUAAAUGAAAAAUUAUCCCAAAAUUGA